AUAUUCCCUCAAUCAAAAGAAAAAACAUACACGAUGCGGCUUUCGUCAAGCUCGGUUUCUCGUCUCCCCCAUUCCUCUCUCCGGUCUCCAGCCAAAGAAGCCCUCCCGAUCUGAACUCCGGCCACCACCUGCAGCGCGAGGGAGCUCCGGACGCCUCCCCGCACCGUCCUCCUUGCUUCGCUUCCCCGCUGCAGGCGGCAGCGUCAUCCCGCCGCACCGGCCGGCCCCGACGCAGCCGGUGCCCUCCUCCGCUUCGGGGGCCCGGGAACGUCGCCGUCCUUCCCCCCCACGCCGGAGAGAGACUCGUGCGGCCGAGAGAGGCUGAAGGGGGCUCGCGGUGGAGCGGGAGCAGACGCCGGCCGGCCGGCUGCUACGGACAAGAACAGCACUGCAACAUCACCCAUACCUGCUUGUCAAUCAAGUGACAUGGAGGCCGAAAACAGCGAGGUGACUGCUCUGGUCGAGAAGAUCACCGGUCUCCACGCCGCCAUCUCCAAGCUCCCGUCGCUAAGCCCGUCCCCUCAAGUCGACGCGCUCUUCACCGAGCUGGUCGCGGCGUGCGUCCCGUCUAGCCCGGUGGACGUGACCAAGCUCGGCCCGGAGGCGCAGGAGAUGCGGCAGGACCUCAUCCGCCUCUGCUCGACCGCCGAGGGGCUGCUCGAGGCGCACUACUCCGACAUGCUCACCGCCUUGGACAACCCGCUCGAUCACCUCGGCCGCUUCCCUUACUUCGACAACUACAUCAACCUGAGCAAGCUCGAGCACGACCUUCUGGCCGGUCACGUGGCGGCCCCGGCCCGCGUGGCGUUCAUCGGAUCGGGACCGCUGCCGUUCAGCUCGCUCUUCCUCGCGACGUACCACCUGCCGGACACCAGGUUCGACAACUACGACCGGUGCAGCGUGGCCAACGGCCGGGCAACGAAGCUGGUCGGCGCGGCGGACGAGGGCGUGCGUGCACGCAUGGCGUUCCACACAGCCGAAGUCGCGGACCUCACGGCUGAGCUCGGCGUGUACGAUGUGGUCUUCCUGGCGGCGCUCGUGGGAAUGACGUCCGAGGAGAAGGCCAACACCAUCGCGCACUUGGGGAAGCACAUGGCAGAUGGGGCGGUGCUCGUCGCGCGAAGCGCCCACGGGGCGCGAGCGUUCCUGUAUCCUGUAGUGGAGCUGGACGAUAUCGGGCGUGGUGGGUUCCAAGUGCUGGCCGUGCAUCACCCUGCAGGCGAUGAGGUGUUCAACUCUUUCAUUGUUGCACGGAAGGUGAAGAGACCACAAGAAAUGAGUGCUUAAUUAAGGAAAAAGAGGAACCUGGCUGCCAAUUGUGUCUCACAUUGAUAAUAACUGGCUGAUAACCCGCACAUUGAUGCGGGUACUGGUUGCAAUAUGUUUCAAUGAGGUUUGGUUGUAUCAAACAUGAGUAUUUGGCUUAAUAAUAUCAGUAUCAAAACUGAACAUACAAAUGAUUUAUUGUA